UCAGGACCUUCAGCAUGCACUGGGACGGUUUGCAGCCGAGUGUGAAGCGGCGGGGAUGAGAAUCAGCACCUCCAAGUCCGAGGCCAUGGUUCUCAGCCCGUUCUUACACUAUUGUGUAGCAGCUCAGCUCCACGGUCUAUGUGAAACUGUGCAUGGUCCAUAUUGACCAUGAUAUAUCAGAUAUAUCAACUUGUUUUGUAUUUUUUUCACUGAAGCAAGUCACCAAUGAUGGUCUGGUGCUAUCAAGAAAUUUUUAUUCUCAGCCAUUAAGUAUAAAACUUCCCCUGCUAUCCCUUACUGCUAUUUCUAAGGCAUUGAAGUCAUAUGAAACCGCAUGAAACAUAUCCUACAAAAUAUAAAUCAUUCAUUCAUUUUCUACCGCUUAUCCGAGUGAGCUACAAAAAUUAUUUAUACGGUUUUCAUGACAGAAUACCCAGAAUGACAAUCUAGCCACUGAAACCAUGUAGACCGCUGAAGAGAAGAAGUACAUUUGAGAUGAAGUACAAUAACUAGUCAUGAAUUAACUUUGUUCAAUUCAUUUUUAUUUUGUAGAUGAGACAAGAUACAGUCAAACUAUAAUAUUUAGCUUAAGCUUUCAUUUAGAUUCUGAUUUUAACUCAGUACUAAUUCUUAUGUUGAGCUCCUAUUUUUAAAUAAAUUAGUUUGUCUCUUGCGUGUAUCAUUUUUCAGUCCUGAAGAACACUGCUGCAUUCUCCUUUUUGAGCUUAUUAAACUUUGGGUAAUUAAUAAGAUGUGAUUUUAUUAAAUAAGAAUUAUUAUAUAAGGCAAAAGUACACACUUUGGUUUAGUAAAACACAUUUUCCAUAUUGAUUUAUUCAGCUAUACUAAAAGGUUUGUGUGUAAUAAUUCUGUACAGCAUAAGUGGUGAAAUGAUUUAGGAAAUAAUCUUCUUGCAUCUGUUAUUACACAUCCUAUCCCACAAACUAGUAUAAUGCUUUGUCAGGCCUGUAUGUUUGGUUCGUCCAAUUUUUGGGAUAGGUAUUCAUAAAAAUAUUACCCAUAAAAUUGUCAACUGUUAGUAUAGUAAGUUCCUCGAAGCUGGAGUUAAUUUGCAUUGCAAACAAAGUUUAGGACGAUUCAGGAAAUGAAUUCAAAUUAAUUUUGCCUGGGACUGAGGAAUUAUAAAAAUCGAAAAGAAAGGUUCUAUUUUAAAACACAGGGCAUUAUUAUUAUGUGAUAUGUAAUGCAAAUAAGAUUGGCAUGCCUAUGGAACAGACUACUGACUGCCUGACUUCUAACUCAACGCAGCACGUUUGCAUUACACACUGAGCUUCACACAGCACACUUUGUUGAUAUGCAAAACAUUGAGAGGAAUGUGUUCAGCAUCAGACAUCUAAUACACCAUCUGAUGCAUUUACUGGAGAAUGAGCAUCUCAUCUCGACUGAUGAAUGCAAAGUAGCACAGAUUAAUAGUUUUAGAUGAAAAAUUUUUGAAAAGCUACAAAAUGAAAGGCUGUGGAGGGAUCACCCUCAUCUUACUGGGGCUGUGUAUCCAGGCUUCAUCUACAGCAAAUACAACACAAGCUUACUACUUUAAUCUUCAAAUUGAGUCAAGUGCAUUUGAAAAUUUCACUCAGCUGCUUGGAAACAUUACAGAAUUCCCGGUUGAGCAAGCCACAUUAAAACACAUCACCAUAACAACAGACUGUCAUUUCAACAACUGUACAUGUAAUCCAGACUACACUUGGAGUAAGGAUGUGUGUGCAAUGUAUCCUAAUUGCUGCCAGCAGAACAUAUGCUAUGCUAUGCCAACUAAUGCUAUGUGCCUCCAUAAAGACAGAGUGUAUGUUAAUGGAUCAUUUACAAUUCAAAAUGGUGAAUUGCCUCAAACCAUUGAUCAAAUACAUCAGCUACAAGAAAACCUUGCUGAAAAUAUUACGUUGUUUUACAGCACCAUGAACUGGUUUGACUCGCUGAAUAUUUCAAAUCUCAGUCCAGGUAGUAUCAUCGGCAACCUUGUAAUGCUAAUAAAUGGUCCAUUUGACAUGAACCAAUUUCUGACACUGACAACCGACCUGCAGAAUAAAUUGAAUGCCACGUUUAACAUUUUAACAACAGGUUUUAUAAAAAUUGAUGCACCAGCUAUGGUUGGUUAUAACACCAGUGCUAUCGUCCAAUGCACCACUCCAUUGGGUACACUAGAUGAUGUGAAGUGGUACAUACAAAAAGAUACAAAUAUACAACGUAUCACUAAUGGCACAGAAGCUACUGUGUCUAUGGGUUUAUUAACAAGCAAUGUUUCUAUUACACAAACUUCUGAAGUUUGGAAAGGGAUAUUUAUAUGUGACUACACAUCUACAAAGUAUAGCAGCAUUAUACACAGAGCAAGUGUAUUUUUGGAUGUUGCACUUUUGCCCCAAAUCCUUAUCAUCAGUGACCCACAAUUCCCAAAAUGUAAAGGGCCAAGUGUUGUAUACAAGGUUGAUAUCAAGGUUAAAUGUAUCAUAGACAGCAGCAACGAACCUUACACUGUUAACUGGACUAAAGAUGGUGAAAUUUUAUACUCAAGUUUUGCCAACACUACUACAAUCUACACAAUCUCUAUCAACUGUGAAAAGGAUCAUGUUGUUACAUGUACUUUUCAAAACAGAGCAAAUAACAUAAAAAGUGAAUCUGUAAUUAUACCAGUUAUUUAUCCUGACUCAGUGGUUUGCUCAGCAGAUGGUAUCUGGCCCGAAGCAAAGGCUAAUUACACUGCCAAAAUGCAAUGUAAUUCUAAUGAAGUUGGUUAUCAAACAAGACUGUGCAAAGGACUAAGUACUGGGAAUUGGGAUUCUGUAAUUUCUCAAUGUGUAAAUACAGACCUUUGGACAGUACUGGUUAAAACGCAGAAUCUUCAGAAAGGAUGUGGGCUUGUUGAAGAUAACGCAAACAAUCUGUUUAGCCUUUUAAAGACGAAAAGUGAGGAUCAGGUCAUUAAUACAUUUCAAAAUAUUAAUGUGUCAGUGAAUGUAUUUGACACCCUGAAUGAUGCCUCUAAAAUUCAAAAUUCUACAUUCAAUGAAUCCAUGAUUACUGACUUUCUGAAAUCUUCAAGCAACCUUUUGAAUGACAGUUUAUUAGAUAAUUGGCAGUCUCCUUUAAAUAAUACAUAUACAUUGCCUAUUCUAUAUUUAAAAGCUGUUGAAGGAAUGGUAAGCCGAAUAAACGUAUCCAUGCAAAAACCAAUCGAAGAGAAAAAUGUACAAUUAAUGAUAUGUAACACAUCUGUCAGCACAUGCACAGAUGAAUUCAAUAUCAAUUUUACAGAUAAAACGGCAACAGAGACAGUUUAUCAAACUAGGAUAAAGAAUCUAUAUGAUCUGCUACCAAAUUAUGAGAACAGUGUGCCAAGUGAAUUUAUAUUGUCAGUUACUGCUAACAAAUCAGGCAAAAUCUUAAUGAACUUCCCGAAACAAAGACUUCCAAACCACAAGAUAUUCUGUGUGUUUUUUAAUUUUACAACAAGAAACUGGUCCGAUAAUGGUUGUAUUUGGGGAGGUGUACUUCAACCAAAUACUUGUACAUGUGAUCACUUUUCUGCUUUUACAUCUCUAAUGUCUUCAGAACCGGUGGAACUACCUUAUAUGAAUAUGAUAACUUAUACAGGUUUAGGGUUCUCAAUUUGUUCACUUGUUCUAUGUUUAGCAAUUGAGUUUGUGGUAUGGAACACUGUGGUAAAGUCCAAUAUAUCCCACUUUAGACACACUGUCUUAGUAAAUAUUGCACUUUGUUUGUUGCUAGCACACUGUGGCUUUUUAGCCAGUUCCACUAAAAAUUCAACUCUCAGCCAGUGGUGUCAGUCUCUUACAGUUUUGAAACAUUUUUGCUUCUUGGCUGUGUUUUUCUGGAUGUUGUGCAUGAGUAUGGGGCUCCUACACCAAAUGAUAUUUGUUUUUGUUCAGUUAAGAAAAAAGGUAUAUCUGGGAUUAUGUUUUUUUCUUGGUUAUGUCUGUCCUUUAUUUAUUGUAAUAAGUGCAGUCAUCACGUAUGACAAUGGUAAACUUGACUCAUACUAUGUAAAUGAGACAUGUUGGUUAAAGUAUGAAGGAGAACUAAAAGGGUCAAUCCAUUCCUUUGUUAUUCCUGUUGGUGUAAUUGUGCUUGUGAAUAUGUUCACUAUGGUUGUGGUUAUUAGCAGGAUUUUAAAACCCACUUUGUCUGAGGGAAAAAGUUAUGAUGAAAAGGAAGUUGUACGAAGUGUUAUCAGAACUGUUGUCCUCCUAACCCCUACACUUGGAAUAACAUGGAUCUUUGGCUUCUUUAUUCCAUCAACUGACCUCACAUAUGAGCCAUUUGCUCAGAUUGUAAAUUAUGGCUUUGCAGCUUUCAAUUCUUUUCAGGGCUUCUUCAUUUUAUUAACAGGAUGUUUUGGGGAGAAAAAGGUUCGAGAUGCACUGUUUAUGCGUAUGAGAUCACAGCAUUCGGCAGAUUACACAAGUAAAAGCUCAAUGAAGAUGACAGCAGCAGUUAAAAAAAAAUAACUGAUUUACACUACACAGGCUUAUAUUGAAAUACAGUGUCAAACAACCAACAAAGUUGGAAGAACCAGACCUGCUUUUGUAUAUGAGGACAUAACCAGCAUAACCUUUUUGUCUUUUAUUUUUUUAGUAUUAUAUACAUACUUCUAAUUGUGAUUAAACAUGUAAAUGAUUCACUCUUUUUAAAAAUACAGAUUUGUUUAAUCAACAUAUUAACCAACAUUUUAAUCAACAUUGUCUUUUUAACUCCUUUUUGUAUUAUAGUGUUUUUGUAAUUGUAAGCUUGUAAACCCUUUGUUUCUAUCAGAAGUAAUGCAUUAGUUAACAUUAUAAGCACACUUAUCAAGUUUUAUUCUGGCAUGAUAUUAUUUUCCUGUGAUACUGAAGCUUAAAUGGUCAUAGCAUUUUGUAAAUAGUUGCUUUCCUCCAUAAGAAUUGUCAUAGUACAGUAUAAUUUUAUUAAUAAUACAUAGUGCCCUUCAGAUUUACUGAUUCCUUAUUUAAUUUUAUGAGUUUUCUGUUUCACAUAAGUAGAAAACAUUUAGACAAACAAACAGAAGAUAAUUUUAUCAAAGUUAAAGGUGAGGCUUAAUGACACUAAAAUAUAAGUCUUACUCUGAUAUUUGGUUAUAUUAUUCUUUUUAAAUACUAUUCUUGCUGUAAAUUGGCUAAAUAAAAGAUCAAUAAUUAUGUUAUGUAAUUUAUUCUUUCCCACCUACUGGGUUUAUAAGCAAAAUGCCAGUAUAGAAAACAUACAUGUUUAAUGCUUGCAUUUUAUUUCAUGAGAUCACGUGAUUAUUGUAUUUUAUUUUUCCUAGAAUUUUGGUUUAGGUUCAUGUUUAAUAUAAAUAAAACAACAUUUGGUGGCUUG